UCUCCCCUUUUUAUAACCCUUCAAUCCCUACAACCCCUAGUGGGGAAAAUCACAGAUUUCCCUAAAUAAUCUCCUCCCUUCAUCUCCACCAUGCCCGAUCACCAUGGUCACGGUAAUAUCAACAUCAACGGUGGCGAUGCAGUCAUCGACAUCAUCAAGCCGUCCAAUUUCACAGGCGGGCUGGAAUUCACCAAUCUAACGUACUCAGUCACGAAGAAGCUGAAGGUGGAUGAUAAGUGGACCACACAAGAAGUGGACCUGUUGCACCAGAUCACCGGCUAUGCACCGAAGGGAUGUGUAACUGCGGUGAUGGGGCCCAGUGGGGCUGGGAAGUCUACAUUCUUGGAUGGAUUAGCGGGCAGGAUUGCGAGUGGGAGUCUCAAGGGACGGGUGUCGUUGGAUGGAGCUGAAGUCGGGCCCAGCUUGAUUAAACGGACAUCUGCAUACAUAAUGCAAGAGGACCGGCUUUUCCCGAUGCUGACCGUUUACGAGACGCUGAUGUUCGCUGCGGAUUUCCGACUCGGGUCCAUCUCACGGGCUGAUAAGCGGCAGCGGGUCGAGAAGCUGAUCGAACAGCUGGGAUUGGCGACAUCUCAGAACACUUACAUCGGUGACGAAGGGACCCGUGGUGUGUCCGGUGGGGAGCGGCGCCGGGUCUCAAUCGGUGUCGACAUAAUCCACGGGCCCCCAUUGCUCUUCUUGGAUGAGCCCACGUCGGGCCUGGACUCCACCAGUGCUCACAGUGUCAUCGAAAAGGUGCAUCACAUCGCCCGUGCUGGUAGCACCGUGAUCCUCACCAUCCAUCAACCGUCGUAUCGAAUUCAGAUGCUCCUUGACCACCUUGUAAUACUUGCACGCGGGCAGCUUAUGUUCCAAGGGUCCCCCAAGGACGUGCCCCGCCAUCUCGGCCGCAUGGGCCGCAAGAUCCCUAAGGGGGAGAACGCGAUCGAGCACCUCCUAGAUGUGAUCCAAGCAUAUGAUCAAUCUGAACUAGGCGUUGAAGCAUUGGCCGAUUUUUGCCUCACAGGGUUAAAGCCACCACCCAUCACAGACGAGGAGCUGUCGAUGAUAUCAUCGGUAAUGCAAACACCAUCUCCUUGGCCACCGCAUCAUGGGGAGACUCCACACAAUCGGGCAUUAGGAGCUGGUGAUGGAGGGAGAUCGGGCAAGCGACUCCACCUCUCGGCGGGGAAUGGGACCCAGAGGGUAUCCACCGAUUUCGAUCGUAGCGUUAGGAGCCCGUGGGGCUCAUCAUCCAGGUCUCCAUGGAGUGGGAGCCAGAAAGGGAUCUUGGAGACACUGAGUUUCACUUCUUCCAGGCAAGGGCGCGGCCAAAAGAUGCAAAAUCUACCCGUCAAUCAGAAAAUGCAAAAUCCACCCAGUGCUUCGCCGGGGUAUUAUACGUAUUCCAGCGAGAUACUUCCCGGCACUCCGACCCCUCACAGCAGCGACUACACUGUCAAUGAGAACGAUUACCUGACCCCCAGCAUCUCUGCCAAGUACAACGGGGCCCGCCACCAUCUUGGUCCCAAGUUCUCCAACUCAUUCUUCCCCGAGAUAUGGGUCCUCAUUCGCCGCAACUUCAUAAACAUCCGGCGCACACCGGAGCUUUUCCUCUCCAGGCAAAUGGUCCUCACAGUCAUGGGCAUCAUGAUGGCAACCAUGUUCAUUAACCCAAAGGAGAACAUGCAAGGGAUUACGAACCGCAUCAGCUUCUUCAUCUUCACCGUUUGCCUCUUCUUCUUCUCGUCCAAUGACGCCGUCCCUGCCUUCAUCCAGGAGCGCUUCAUCUUCAUCCGCGAGACCUCCCACAAUGCCUACAGGGCCUCUUCCUACACCAUAUCAGGCCUCAUCACCAACCUCCCUUUCCUUGCCAUCCAGGCGGCCACAUACGCAGCGAUCGUGUGGAAGGCAUUGGGCUUAAGCGGAAGCUUCCUCUACUUCUGGCUCGCACUGUAUGCCUCCCUGCUGUCCACCAACUCAUUCGUGGUCUUCAUCAGUUCUAUCGUGCCAAACUACAUACUGGGUUAUGCCGCGGUGAUCGCCUUCACCGCCCUCUUCUUCUUGUUCUGCGGUUACUUCUUGAAUAGCCACGAUAUUCCGGGAUGGUGGAAAUGGAUGAACACAGUCUCAACAAUGAAGUAUCCAUAUGAAGGGCUCUUGAUGAAUCAAUACCGAAAUAACAAUACCUUUGCGUUUAAUCUCAAUGGAGAGAGAGUGAACGGCACCUCCAUCUUAACGAAGAUGGCGAUCCGCACUGAAAAGAUGGAGAAGUGGAACAUGAUCCUGUAUCUAUUGGGGUGGGCCGUCUUGUAUCGGAUAUUGUUUUAUUUGGUCCUCCGCUUCGCCUCGAAGAAUCAAAGGACGUAAAGAUCAUAAAGCUAGGUUGCUAUAAUUUCCAUUUUCUCUAUAGACAUUGUUUUUUUACAUUUGAACUGUUUGGCAUGUUGUUGAGAA